CCUGUUUGCGUUAAGAUGCCUGCCGCUAAAGGUCCGAAGCAAUCUGUCCAAGUUUACGGGCGUAAGAAAACAGCCACCGCAGUCGCCCAUUGCAAAAAUGGAUCCGGUUUAUUAAAAGUUAAUGGACGACCGAUCGAUCUGCUUGAGCCAGAGCUCCUUCGAUACAAGGUCCAGGAACCAUUGCUGUUGUUAGGCAAGGAACGUUUUUCAGCUGUCGACAUCAGAGUCAGAGUGUCCGGGGGUGGUCGAGUUUCUCAAAUUUAUGCCAUCCGUCAGGCAAUUUCAAAAGCUCUGGUUGCUUACUACCAGAAAUAUGUUGAUGAAGCAUCAAAGAAAGAAAUUAAAGAUAUCCUAAUCAGUUAUGAUAGGACUCUUCUGGUGGCUGACCCGAGAAGAUGCGAGCCCAAAAAGUUUGGUGGUCCCGGAGCAAGAGCCCGUUACCAAAAAUCAUACAGAUAGAUUCAAUUGAUCAUAAUUUGUUCCCGUGUGUAUUUGUGAGUGUGUUUAGUCACACAGUAAUUACGAUGGCAAACUGAUGAUGGUUUUUAUGACACUGUUUCACUUGGUAGUCUGAAAAAUUAAUAAAAAUGUCAUCAAACAUGCUUUGUUUUUUCUAAAAUUUGUAAAAACUAAAAGUGAAUUGUGGUAAAAGUCAUCUUAAACUGAAACAAAAAGUAUAUUUCUCAAUAAUUGAGGCUUACUAACUUGAGAUUUUUCAGAAAAUUAAUUGAUGUCUUUUCUCCAGUUUCUUGUAGUACUCUAUCUGAGCAUGAAAAUCUAAAAUUUGGUAGUGUGGUAUGUCGAAUCUGCCUGAUUAUUAUGUACCACGGCCAUUGCUAAAUAAGUUAUGUAUACUUUGAUAUAAA